AUGCUAAUCAGAGGAGUUACGCGACUGUUCUUUCCAAUUGCACUGCUCGUCUUCUUCACUCUUGCACAGUUGAAGCGCAAUUUGUUCCCGGGUUCGUGGUCAGUUGGAUACGGCAGAUGGGCAAAAGCAAUCGUGGUUCCUCUGAAAUUAUCGCCAGAUCUAUCACAUUCAAAGUCCGGUCCGGAUCUGGAUUUGAGCAAAAGUCUUGACGCAGACGAUGAUGAUAUUCAUCUAGAUCUUGAGGAAGUCCCGUUUUCGGAUGGGAACUUGGUGCAACCAUCAGGACAACAACAACAACAACAACAAGAAGAAGAAGAAGAAGAAGAAGAAGAAGAAGCAGCAGCUGAAAUUCUUGGACAGCCACCAGACUCAGAAACAACAGCACAGGAAAAGCCCGGCUAUACACACAACACCAUUUUCUCUCUCUCAACAGCUUCUGGAACGUACUUCGAUAUCUCGUUCGGCAACCACAAAACCCUCAACCCGAACAUCAUCCCACAUCCCUCAUCUAGCGACAAAUGGAUCAUUGUUGCACAACAGAAGGCCGGAGAUGAUCAAGAAGGCCGGCAUUCAGCUGUUAGUGUCCAGCUAGUUUGCGAUGCCUCAUUUGGUUCGUCAGAUGGUAGUGCGGCAAAUGAUCGUGAUAGCCAUUCCUUACCCACGAGCCGUAGCGGCAGCAAUAGCGAGACUUUAUCGUGUAUAACUCCGCCCGCUGUUCUACCCAUCGAGGCUACGAGCUCUGGGAACCGUUGCCAGGGUCGUUGGUCUCCGCUAAGUCUGAAUAUUGGGCCUCACGAUGCCCGCCUCUUUUACGGGCCCGAGCUUCCUUAUAUUAUCUACGGAUCAAAUUCUCACUUCACGUGUUUCGGCCAAUGGAUGCAUGACUUCCGCAAGCUCGUCAGCUGGCUAUCAUCAUCGUCAUUCAACGAAGAUCCAAGUUCGCAGUCGACGCAGACUGAGAAGAACACCGAAAUGUUCAGUGCCGCCGCAGAGUUAUACCGCCCGCCUCCCUAUGGACAGAUUGAAAAGAACUGGUUUAUCUUUUGGAAUCCGGCCGGUGAUGCCUAUGUACAUUAUGAUGUGUGGCCACAACGAUCAUUCGCGAAGAUUGAGACAAUUCAAGGGAAUAAGUUGCUUGUCGACGAAUCUUCUGUCAGCCUCACUGUUGGACCAGAUCUGGCAUUUCUGGCUAGCACAAGUGAUAUGACAUGCAUGGAUAGAUAUAUGCCUCAAGUACGGGAUAAAUCUGAGGAGUUCAUUCACCAAGCCACCAACUCUCUCUCCAUAACUCUAUGCAAACGCUCAGAGCCAGACUGCCAGCCCACCGACAUGAAUACUUUUAUUUUCACCAUCUUUCAGAAAAAGGCGCAUGUCGGGUUUGGUGCGAGCUCGUAUGAGCCGUACGUCAUGCUCUUCCGUCGUACGGCUCCAUUUGAGAUACAUAGUAUAUCAACAAAGCCAUUCUGGAUACAUGGCCGAAAGUCGUCGCUUCAGGAAGAAGGCACACACGAGAUGAUAUAUAUCACCUCGAUGAGUUGGAAGAGCCAUAGACAAAAGUACCAUGGUUAUAGUGACGAUGUGCUCUUUCUCGCUUUCGGUAUCGAUGAUUCCCGAACAGCAGGAAUUGACUUUACGGCGAGUGAGCUGUUAAAGGACAUGGGCCUCUGUAUGAACAGUUUAUUAGAUCCUGGCAAGUCAUAUAUAGGGUUGGCGUAA